AUGCACAGCUAUGUUUGGGCUGCUGCUGGGAAACAGCCUGAUCUUGAGCAACAGGUUGGUGUGGGUGGCUAUGGCUACCCAGCUUUGGUUGCCCUUAACGUUAAAAAAGGCGUAUAUGCCCCUCUUCGAAGUGCUUUUCAGCUCAACCAGAUCAAUGAGUUUGUGAAGGAAGCAGGGCAAGGUGGUAAGGGCAACUUACCCCUGGAGAAAGUUCCCUCCAUCGUUCAAACAGAACCAUGGGAUGGUAAAGAUGGAGAGGUCAUUGAAGAGGAUGAGUUCUCCCUUGAAGAUCUGAUGGACGACAAUGCUGCCGCUUCUAAAGAUGAAUUGUGACCGACACAGAGUAUCGUGGCCAACUUUUAAAAAUUAUGUGAGUUCUUCUAUUUUUAUUGCUUGUUCUUGCUA